AAGCAUUAAGAAUAAAAUAAUGUAGAUAGAUUUUGACAUAAAGUUUAUAAGUUGGUUGGAUUUGAAUAGAAUUGUGAAAAAAGCUAGGUGAAGUUUGUUAGCUAGAUAAAGUUGUUGUGUAAUGACAAGUAGACUAAAAAUAUAAAAAAAUGGCCCAACCACCACCAUAUUAUGGCCAACCAACUGCUCCUGGAUAUGCAUAUCCACCGCAACAACCUAUGCAGCAUAAUGUUAUCAUUCAAAAUCCACCACAACCAGUGUAUGUUCAGCCACAACAAAAGAGUCACUCUGAAAAACUUGCUAGUGGUGUUGGUGGAGCGUUUGCAUCUGCUUUCCGUUCUGGUGGGCAGCUGGUCAAGGGCUCUGGUAAAUCAGCUUCAUCAUUAGCAAGCUCGGUGGGAGGUGCUGCAGCUGGUAUUGUUAAGUCUAGUGCGAAUUUAGCUGGUGAUGCUGCAAAGGGUUUUAAAGAUGAAGCUGACAGAACAGCUACUAGUCCAUUAUUGAACUGCUUCUUACCAGGUAGUGGUAUUCAACUGGUGAGCAAAGCUAGUAAAGGUUGUUUACGUUGCUUGCCUGAUGGUAACUUGGAUGGAAGAGGUGCUCUUGGACUCGACUACUCCUGUCAUUGGUUGGUUGUAAAUCGAUGGGAAAAUAAAGUGAUCCUACGUAAUGGUGCAUUUCCACAAUAUCAUCUGGCGAACGCAGGUGGUCGCACUACUGCAACGGGUGUGGGUGAUCGAGCAAGCACGUUUAAACUACACGAAACAAUGAGUCAUUACGUCACCUUUCAACACGACAUGACUGGUCAAUAUGUCGGUGUGGACCAACAACAAAAUCUUGUACCAGCACCGCAAGUGACUAGCGGUGGAUUGAACUCGUUGUUCGAAGUACACUUAGUGUAUAGUCCCAGUGGGCACACUUACAAACCUAUACAUUAAUGACGUCAUCGAAAAUGGUUUUGGACACCAACAAGUGAUAUUGUAUUGUACUGAUAUUGUCUGGAUCUCCGUUAUAUUUCGAAUGUAUAUAAUAGAAUUGUAGUAUAUGUUUAAAUUUAGUCACCGUGAGUGAGUGUGAUGACGUCAGUGCGUAGCGAUGAUAUCGUUUGGAUGUUGAGUGGCUCUUAAGCUGUCGUUUUCUUUCUUUUGUUUUGUUAGACGUGAGUAUUUUAAUGACUGAUUUUCUUGCUUUUUACAAAAUAAACAGUGGGCAUACUCCAGCUCAUUAAAAAUGUAAAAAUAUUCUCUUGGCGUGUACGGUAUAAUCGUUUUUAAAAACUGUGGUAGGCUGAACUAGUGUGACGUCGAUAAUUAAAUAGUAAUAUGUUGAAAAUUACCAUUGAUGAUAGAUCAAUAAAGCGUCCGAUUGGUUCUUAAUUGCGUCAUUUUUAACCAAUUAUAUUUCUCGAUUUCUAUGUCAGGUAAUUAUAUCGGAACAUUGUGUCAAUGUUUUUUUGGUGUUACUGCUGUUGUCAACCUCGUUCCCAGGGCUCUGUUUCUUCUCUCCGUUCGAGAUUGUCAGAAAGAGAAAGAGAGCCCUGGGGACGAGGUUGUUCUGUUGUUUUUUUACUAGUUUUGUAAGAGCUACCCUCGUAAGUGAGAGUUAAUUUAAACUGCUGCGUUAAGUUAAAACCUAGAGCUUGUCCAACUUGAAAGGUGAUUUUUACAGUCUCUAUUUCGUUAGCAUGUUUUUUUAUGGUUCAAUAAUCUCUGUAAUGGAGCUGAUUUUUCCGGGAGUUUUGCGCUGUCGUUUCUUGUUUUGAUCAAUGCUUUUUUGAUUAACUGGACGGAAGGAAAAUAAAACGGGAAAGUGGUAAAAACACGUUGUGUAAUUCUGUGCACACGAUUUGACAAUUCACAACAAUUCUGAUACCCUUGACAGCUUUUAUCACGCGUGCCUUUAUUGAUCGUUUUUGUUUUGAUAUUAUCGCUAUGCAUUUUUUUUAUUUCUGCAUUUACACAUCUUUAUAUAGCGUAUAUUAUUUAGCUUUUUUUUGUUGUACAUGAAUGUAUAUAAGUAGAAUCUCAUGGUAACAUUAAAAUUUGUUUUUUUGCGA